AAGCUAAAUUAUAUUGGUUGCACCAAAAGUUUUGUGCAACUUAGAGAAUUAAUAUUAAAAAGAGAGAACAAACUUUGAGAAAGUCUGUUAAUAAGGUUUUAGAAGAGAAGAAAAUCUAGAGGCCACAAGAACUUGUGGCUGAGAAUCAAACCAAGUAGCUGACGUGGCAUCCACCUCUCAUUUAAGCGGAUCAAAAUCAUAGACGUCGUUUAAUGCCAAGUUCAGAACACUCUCCCUUGCACCUCCAAAAGAUACCAACAAUUUUCUCGCGCCUUUUCUUUUCUUUUCUUCUGUUUGCUUGGCUGCCCGGAAAGUAGAGGGGAAUAAAAAAUGCUGGAAAGUAAGGACCCGGCUAUCACGCUGUUCGGAAUGAAGAUUCCUUUGCCGUGCGAGAACGAGGCUCCGGCUGUAUCCGGUGAUGAUUUGGCUUCUCAGCCUUCGGAGAGAGAAGUGGACAAUGAUGAUGAUGAAGAACCAGAGAAGGAUUCAUCAGCGAGAUCAGUGAGUGAUGAGGAUUCAGAACAAGAAGGUGAUCUUUGUCCACAAACUGACUAUUCAAGAAAUCUGGAUUCUAUACCAGGGUCAUCUAGUGUCAACCCCAAGACGCCGUCCAUAAAUGAAGAAAGUUCCAAAUCAAAACUCCAGAUGACAGACAAAGAACAUGGUGAUGCCACCAAUACUAAUAACUCCCAAGAGAAAACCUUGAAGAAGCCAGAUAAGAUUCUUCCAUGUCCUCGUUGUAAUAGUAUGGACACUAAAUUCUGCUACUACAACAACUACAAUGUCAACCAACCUCGUCAUUUCUGUAAAGCUUGCCAAAGAUAUUGGACUGCCGGUGGCACCAUGAGGAAUGUCCCUGUGGGAGCAGGGCGUCGCAAGAACAAGAACUCUGCUUCCCAUUACCGCCACAUAAGCAUUUCAGAGGCUCUUCAUGCUGCCAGAAUCGAUGCUUCCUCGAAUGGAUCACACCACACUGGAUUGAAAACCAAUGGUAGAGUCCUCAGCUUUGGCAUAGAUUCCCCCAUUUGUGAUUCCAUGGCUUCUGUUUUGAAUCUUGCUGAUAAGAAGGUCUUAAGUGGAAACCGAAACGGGUAUUAUAAAACGGAAGGUAAAGAAAACAACGGUGAUGAUUGCUCAAGUGUAUCUUCUGUAACGAUUUCAAAUACAACGGAUGAAACAGGCAAAAAUUGCCCCCAAGAGCCUCAAAUGCACAACAUCAAUGGCCAGAGAUUCCCUUCCGUGCCAUGCCUUCCUGGUGUUCCAUGGCCUUAUCCUUGGAAUUCAGGAGUCCCUCCACCAGCUUUCUGCCCUCCAGGAUUUCCCAUGUCGUUUUAUCCUGGAGCUUAUUGGAACUGUCCUGUCCCUGGCACUUGGAACGUUCCGUGGUUUACACCACAACCUUCUUCUCCAAACCAGAAGUCUCCAAGCCCGGGUUCAGGUUCGAAUUCACCUACGUUGGGAAAGCAUUCGAGAGAUGGAGACACUCUCAAUUCAGACAGUUGUGAGAAUGAAGAGCCUCCAAAGCAGAAAAAUGGUAGUGUUUUGGUUCCAAAAACAUUGAGAAUUGACGACCCGAGUGAGGCCGCCAAGAGUUCGAUAUGGGCAACUCUUGGAAUAAAGAAUGAUUCCAUCAGUGGAGGAGGGAUGUUCAAAGCCUUCCAGUCAAAAACUAAUGACAAGAAAGGCAUAGCUGAAACCUCUCCCGUACUUCGAGCUAACCCUGCAGCCUUGUCUAGAUCCCUCAACUUUCAUGAGAAUUCCUAAACCAGUUUCUAAACUUGGAUUUUUUUCUCAUUUAGAUGGAGAUUCAACUCAUUUGUUAAGAGUUUGAAUUAGUGAUCAUCAUCAAGCUGUGUGUUAUCUGAUUCAGCUUGAUGGGUUAAUCUGACUGAUAUGAAGAACUGGAGGGAGAUUGGUUGUUAAACUCUCUUGGUCCCUCAGCUUGAUAGAGGGAACUAAUGUAGGAUAUAAGCUUUAGUGGCAGCUAAUUUUGUUUUUGUAACAUUAUGCACAGUUGGCUUCUGAUAUUCUUAGCUUUGUUGGGUUUGUGAUCAUGUAAAUAUCUCUUUAUAUGUGAAAUAAUGCGAGAGUUAAAAGGUAAAUCUUUUAAUUUCCAAAAAAAGAUCCAGCUUUCAUUCCUAAAUUAACUUUUUCUUUUAUAUCCCUUGAUUCUUGGCUCAAUAACCAACAAGGAACUAGUUUUUGAUAGCUAAACCUCUCAAAAGGGUAUCGUUUUCUCUUUUGGGAAAUCAAGAAAAUGCUCAUUAAAUUUGAAAAGGCAGAUCAGAGGCGAUAUUUAAAGAAACAAAAAAUAAAUAAAUAAAUAACUUUGGUCAUACAUAUAUGUAUUAUACAUAUCAGUUCAAGCCAAAGUUAAAACAGUUCUAAUACCACCUUAUGCUUCAAUGAGAAGAAAAAAAAAAGUUGUGGGGCUAAAUGGUGACAUACCACCAAAACUGAAGUAGAUAAACAUGAAUAAAAUUCCAUGAAGGCCAAGUUGCUUUCCUUUUCAAACAGAAGGGAUCCAAACAACUUGCAAUAAAGUUGUAUUGGAGACUUUUUAGUCCUUAAUUUUUUCCUUUUCCCUCACCGUAUUCCCUUUUAUUUCACAUUAUCUUCUAGUAUCAAUUGGGUUUGUAAUAAAUUCUUGAAUGGAAAAAAUCAAUGUCAAAAUCAAGCAAGUGACUCCACUUUUCCAAGUGGCCUUGGCAAUAUUAGAAUUAUUAUGUAGCAUUAACCUA